GCCUCCAGCGGCUAUCGCAGAGAUGCGCUGACGCGCUGUGGGAGCCAGUAGAAGGGCACAGCGGCUUCGGCGUGGUGUGGUUCCAGCUGGCAGAGGAAACGCGGCGGACCGCCCCCCUUGCUGCGGCUGCAGAACAUUCCGCGCCUCUGGCUCUCGUCUCAUGCGACAGGCGAAAAGCCGCAAAAACAGCUGGCCGAUUCGGGUGCACUGCACGACAUUUUGGCGAUGGGCGGCCGCGCUGGCAGCUGCAGCUGGCUGGAAAGUUGGAUGGGCAGGGCGGCAGGGCUGAUGGCGGGCGCCGUUGCGGGCUGCCACGUAGCGGGCGCGCGGGCUGAUUUGCAGGCGCGAGAUGGGGGUUUUGAGGUGGAUGUGGAUGCAGUUGUGAGGGCAUGGUGGGUAUGGUGAGGGAGGCCGUAUUUCGGAUGGGGU